UCCGGAAGUGUCUUGGAGCUCGCCUGUGCGCCUUCCGGUCUGAGAACGCUGUCCGGGUAGUUGGGUCUGGAGCCACUUUUCGAGGACGUCAACAGGUCCUCGUUUGAGACGCGGGCUUUCCGGCAGUGCUGUAACGGCUCUCGGGUUCUGCCUGGCUGUUGACACCCUGUAUCUGACGCUGUGUCGCCCUCCCAGGCGACCGAGCUUUAGAGAUCUUCGGAGGAAUCCCACGGUCGCCUCCAGCAGCCCGCCAAGAUGGCGAUGCAAGCGGCCAAGAGGGCGAAUAUUCGCCUCCCACCUGAAGUAAAUCGGAUUUUGUAUAUAAGGAAUUUGCCAUACAAAAUCACAGCGGAAGAAAUGUAUGAUAUAUUUGGGAAAUAUGGGCCUAUUCGUCAAAUCAGAGUAGGGAAUACACCCGAGACCAGAGGAACAGCCUAUGUGGUCUACGAAGACAUCUUUGAUGCUAAGAAUGCAUGUGACCAUCUAUCUGGAUUCAACGUGUGUAACAGAUACCUCGUGGUGUUGUAUUAUAAUGCUAACCGGGCAUUCCAGAAGAUGGACACCAAGAAGAAGGAGGAGCAGCUGAAGCUUCUCAAGGAGAAGUACGGCAUCAACACAGAUCCCCCCAAAUGAGUUCUCGGACUUCACUCUGAAGACGUCCAUUUUCUUCUUAGGUAGCAUGGCUUGUUUAAAUUUUUCUAAGUGUUAGGAUAUAUUAUGUUAAUAAACCUGUAGCUUUUGUAAAACC